AAAAAAAUCACAAGUGGCGGCCAUAUUGAAAUUUUUGUUAUUAUCGCCGGCUACAUGCUGCUGCAGCUAGUAAACUGCUAUUCACAUGUUACAAAUACUGUUCAUAUAGCAAAGGGAGAUGAUUUAAAAUUCUAAAUAACGUUACUCGGUUUGAAAGACUGUUGAGGAUCACAUCAACAAGAGUAACGUAAACAUGUCCUACAGGAGAGAACGUUCCAUCCGAGAAGUUUAUGAGGAGCGCCUCGCGGAUAGAGCUCCUUAUCAGAGGGUUGUGAGCAUAGAGAGACGAGCACCUUUCCCUCGGCCCGAGGACGACUACGACAGAGGGGGUGACUAUGAAGAUCAACGUUAUGGCGGUCCACGAGGUUACCCAGCUGAUGACGAAAGAGGUUUCCAUGGUGAAGACCAGAGAGGUUACCACAGUGAAAACAUGCACUUUGGGAACGAGCGCAGAAAUGCCCCUCCUCACUAUAAAAGAGAUGAUCCGUAUCCUUACUACCGAGGGCCCAGAGAGGAUCUGCCAGCUGGUCGCCAGGUGGAGUUCAGGUCUAGCAGCCGGGUAGCUGCCGCACCUAGUGUGAGGGGCCAGAGGCCGCCCCCUCCGCGGUCCAUGCCCACAGCCAUGCCCAGCAGUGGAGAUGACACCCUGAUGCAGGCCAUCUUGAACCUCGACAGACCGGAUGACCACGAGGGACCCAGACGUAAGGGCCCUGUUCCCCCUGUACGUGAACGCUCUCCUGUCAAAAGAGACGUCCCUCCCUCCCCCCACAGUCGGUCAGGCUCCAACAUCAGCAGCAGAAGCUUCUCCCCUGAUGCUGGCAAAAGCUACCCCUACCCUAACCAACAUAAGAAGAGGUAUGAAGAACCAUAUGGCCCAAGUCAAGAGUCUGACAUAUUGGAGCCUGUGGAGCACAAUGCACAAACCAGCCCAAUCCAAAGGGUUCAGCCUCCAUUGUUGGCCUCCUCGGGGAGAGUGUUAAAAAGAGAGAGACCAUCCGGCUACACGAUUAGUACAUCUCGAGAUGGAUCUCCACAUAGCUCAGUGUUAGCCACCAAGGAGGACAUUCCAGGACUGAGUCUGGAACAGGACGACCUGCUGAAGGAGGAGCCCGUCAAAGACACCGAUGACUUCCAGGAGCGACGCGCUCAAGCCAUCGCCGCCAAAGCCCUGGAGAUCGAGAAGUUGUACAGGCAGGACUGUGAGACCUUUGGAACGGUGGUGAAGAUGCUGGUGUCCAAGGAGCCAGGGCUGGAGAAGCAGCUGCAGGGCCCACUGAAGGACAGUCUGGUGGAGAUCCGCGAGAGAUGCCUGGAGGGCCUGCGCCUCUACAUCAACGAGCUGGACGAGGUGAUGCUGAAGCACGAGGCCUCCGCCUGACUCCGUGGUUCAUACCAAUCCACCUCACCACCCAUGCCAAUCUCAGUCCAGCAUCCAGCAAGCACUUUCAGUAUCUCAUAGUGAAACGAACACAGCCACCUCAAAUUCCUGAACUACACAUUGGUUUUCAGGGCCUACCGUUCUUACUGUGUAUUUGAAGUUUUGUUUACGGCUCGUAUUUUUUUAUCUUCCCCUACCCUUUUCUGCUCUAACAAUGUCCGAGGCCAGUCGAUAAUGUAUGGAGCUAUAGAAACAGUCGAGGGCCACAUACAUUGCAUUUUUGUACUGAGGUUAUGUAUAGGAAGUACUUUUUUAACCAUUUAGACACUACGGAAUCAUUGGUUGGGGUCAAAUCUUUUAUGUCUUUUCUGGAUGCAAAUAUCAGUGUUCUGGUGUAGAGUGUGUUUACUGGUGUAGGGAAACCUGUGAAAAAAAUGAUGUAUUAAUGCAAACCCUCUGGAUUUUAACCCAGUAUGUUCCUCAAUUUCGUAGUUUUUUAAUUGAACUCUAGGUCAGAUUAAGUGCUGUUUUUACAGUUUUUUUUUUUUAUAUGGUUCUCAAUUUUUGUGACUACUCCUCAUUUUCUCACUGACAAUUAAAACUGUUUGUACCUUUUGUUAA